AUGUCUUCUGGCAAAACUCAUAUUAGUAUUCCUUAUUAUACUCCCUUGGGUCCGUAUCAUACUCAUAAUGGUGGGCAAACCUACUUAAUUAAACUUUUAGAUAAUAUUGGACUUGAUAAGAUUGAAUCGAUUAAGUUUGAUGGCCCGGUUUAUUCUCUUUUCCCGGAUUCAGCGUUAAAGGAAACCAUUGAGCUCAUCCAUCUUCGUAAUAUUGAAGUUUCAACUGGGGGUUUACUUGAGCAACUUUGUGUCCUAGGUACUGGAAUUAAAGAUUCAUCCUUGUCAACCAAAAUUUAUUUGAAAAAAUGUAAAGAAGUUGGAUUUGAUUACUUGGAAAUUAAUAAUCUUUUUGAUAAUAUUAUCCUUGAACGCUCGUAUCUAAGUCGAAUCGUUAAUAACGCCAACUCGAUUGGAUUGAAGCUUAAAGCAAAGAUUUGUAUUUCCAAAGCAAAUAUGGGAAUUCCAGGAAUUCAAAUCUUUAAGACAGCUAAUAAAGUUGCUCGAUGUUUAAAUUAUUCUGACGAUGAGAGCUCUGACGAUUCUGAUUCUGACAACGACAAUGGCACCGUAGAUGACGUCAUGAAAAAGAUUCAUGAUCAAUAUGACUUUCUUACAACUCUAAUUAAAGGUUCCAAUAUCUUAAUCGCAAGCGAUGGCAUUUUCCAUAACAUACCAUUGAUAGGACACAAAAAAGAACAGUGGUUUGCUAAUAUUUUGGACAGGAUGACAUCCGAUCAGAAAUUUGAGAACGUAACAUACGAAGCUCCUAAUCCGGAAAUUUUUACUUUUCUGUUAGAUCGAUAUAGUUCUAAUAUCAACUUACUUGUUGAUUAUUCGCAUGCUUAUCAUGUGUCUCUUCUGAGGAAAG